UUUCCAAGAAAGAACAAACUAAUAGCCGUUAGGACGCGGAAAAUCGUGUAGUGAUACAGUUGUAACUCUAAUAACAUCCUCAGUUGUACUCCGUAAUUGGUUUAGGAAACUCUACUUACAUCUUGAGUUGAUUUAGGAAAGUUUACAUAAAAUUGGAAACUUGGCCACCAAUCAACUUCUUUUCAUUCGAUACAAUCUUGAAUUAUUUCCUAACUCUACUUCUCUUCGGAAAUUAAUUAUUUCCUAACUCUGCUUCUCUUCGGAAAUUCAACAAUUUUCAGGAUCAUUCCACUCCUAUAUAUAUAUUCAUUCAUACAUUCCAUUCUUCACAUCAACAAAUUAACCCUAACCAUCAAUUUCAUCUCUACAUUCCAUAUUCUUUUCCUCAACCAAAGUCUCUGUGCUUGAAUUGAAUCCCGAAACCCCAAUGAAAAUACGCGCUGCAUACCAUCAAGCUGUGAUGAUGAACAGCAAUGUCGAUCCCACUCAUUCCGUGCCUUUUUCUAUUUCUACUACUCAUCUUCAUCUUCAUCCCGAAAACCCUAACAAGCCUUCUACUGAUUCCUUAAACAAUACCAUGAACCCUGUUCCUGUCUCUAUGAUUAAAAAACGCUCUAAUGCCUUGGCUUUUGAUCUAAUUGAUCUUCAAGAUAAACCAAACCCUAAGAAGCAUUGUUUCCGAGUUAAAGGCCCUAAUUUGACCUUAAAAUUAUUACUUUCCGAACCACACCCACACCGGCCUUCUGAUGAUGAUCAUGACCAAAACAAGAUCAUCAAUCCUGUUCCGGUCUCCAUGAUCAACAACCAUGGUGUUCGCGUAGUCCCACAGAAUCAGCCCAUCAGACGUUCCAGGCCCAAGAAAACAGCCUCUUGUCUUAACCAACAAAAUCGCCCAUCAGAUAAUCAAGUGUUGAAAUUAUUGCGUCAACACAUCGACGCCAAUAAUUUGGAGUUUAAAGAUGUAACUGAUGCCAAAUUAAUCUUGGAGAAGAAUCUAACAGACAGUGAUCUUAAAGAUGAUCAAGGGCGAUUGGCUAUCCCUAAAUUACAGACUACAGAGUUUCUAACUCCUGAUGAGGAAACCUUACUUGCGACUAAAAUUGAUGUCAACAAAAACAACAAGAUCGAUGUCAAGGUAAUCAUGGAGUCUAGUGUGUACAACAUGUGUCUGAGUCGAUGGAAUUACGGUAACAACAAUUCCAAUUGGAAGUAUGUUUUGAAGAAUGAGUGGAAGAAACUGAAGAUGGAUAAGGAUCUCAAGGCAGGGGAUAUCAUUCGAAUUGUGUCUUUUCGAUCGGAAAAGCGUCUGAAUUUUGCAAUAGUACGUCCUAAACGUGCAAUCAAGUUGCAGGAUGGUAGUUGUUUUAAAUUGUUUGGGACUAUUAUGGAGACUAGCCCAUGGUGGUAGUUAAUUGUUUGUUACCCUAGCUUACAAAUUAAGUUAGUCGAUUGUUGAUGCACAUCCAUUAAAUUUCGUAAUUAAUUAGUUUACUCAUUAGGGUUUUGCUUGUUGUGAAACUUUACGGUUUAAAAUUAAUGAGUAUGGCACUUUUUCUUAAUCCUA